GUGGGGGUGGGAAAUGAGGCUAUAAAGAGGGGCUGGGAGCUGAGAGCCCAUCACUGGGGAUCUGGUGUGAGCCUCUGUCAGUGAGUGACGGCACCUCCUGCUCCAGCGCCAUGGAAACCCUGCAUCCCAGAGCCAGCCUGUGGCUUCUAGUGCUGGGUACUGCUGUCCUGCUGGACCUGGGCACCCAGCCAGUCUGGGGCAUUGAGGACAACAGCCUGCUGCUCACGGGCAUCAAUGAAGAAGCGCUGACUAGGUUCCUCAUACACGUCAAGAGGGGCAUGAAUGAUACCCCCCAGUAUGCAGUGGCCACGCUGCUGCCACGCGCGGCCUGCCAGCAACCAGCCCUCGCAGAGCAGGAAGGUGCCACCAUCCAGAAGAGGCUGCGUGAUGUCCGGGCCAAGGGAAAACUGGAUCGAGACUUCUACAUCAACCAGGACAACUUCAUGGUGGCCAUUUUGCAGAAGGGCGAGUAUACGACCUGGCACGCGGAGGCUGUGCUGGUGGGCACCAUCAACACACCUGACUUCAGAGGCAACUUCCUGGAAAGGUUCCUGGCCACCAAAAAGCAGCAGUAUCCACCCAACAACAGCUGCUUCAUCUUCUUCUCCCUGAUCUCUCCCUGCCUAGAUUAUUGCCUGAACCCCAACAGCAGCACAUACAUCUUGUCAGACCUGGAGCGCAGCUUGCAGGGCUUCGAUUCCCGUUUCCAAGCCUUUGCUUUCAAGUAUGCUUACGAGGAGGAUAAACCCAAGGGCAAAAAGCAGGUGUGGGAAGCCUGGCGCCAGAUCCCCAUGCCCCUGUUCCGCUGCUUCUUCUACCCUCCCGCCAGCUGCAUGAGAUGCAACAACAAGACCCUAGAUAAUAGGUGCUUUGAUGAAAUCUGGCAAUUUUCCGCCAAAGACUAUUUCGACUAACACCCCAUGGAGGAUGGAGGGGGGGCACUCGCCCUGGCUCUGCCACACUCGGCUUCUCUUGCUUUGCUGGGCUCUUUGCCCUCUGAGAGGCGCUGCUUCCGCAAGAGGAGGGUACAACAUCCCCUCUUCCUUCCCCAGUAUCCUGGGUCCACACCCACCCAUCUCGGGGCUGGAGUCAGUCUCUGCCCAGCCAGCAGGAGCCAGGGUUGUAAGGAUGCAGGAGAGCCAGGCUCAGCUACUUUUGCCAUGGCCUGAUGGAACUGGAUUCCCAACCUGGGCAGCAGCGUCCCUUAUGGUAAUGCUGGCCCUUCUAUAGAGCUCCCCAACCUAAAUCCCCAAAGCUAGGUUGGGGCAGUAGCCCCAGUCUACAACAGCAGAAACAGAACAGAGGAGGGCAAGGACCCACCCAAAGUCACACAGAAGUCAGUGGCUGAGUCAGGGGAAACAAAAUAAACAGGAGUUUUGGCCCAUUCUCUAACUACAUUCUUGGAGUUUUGACUAGAACCCAGGAGUGCUGAGGCCCAGUCCCCCUCCCUCCACCCCUACUAUAACUACUUAACCUGCUCCCCUCCCUGAGCUGGGGACAGAACCCAGGCGUCCUGGCUCCCUGCCCCCUGCUCUAACCACCAGACCUUGCUCUCUCACAGAGACAGGGAUGGAACCCAGGAGUCCUGACUUCUUAGUUGGAGUUUCAGGGGAUGGGGGGCGGUUCUGCAGUGGGUCAAGGGUGGGUCCUACUGUGCUGGCACUUUGCCUGCAUCUGGCUAUUGCUGUGAUUGGCACUAAUAAAGCUUCUAAGCAUC